AUGAUCAUCUGCCAAGAUGAGAUUAGGGCCAGGUUUGCGUCUGCCCUCUCUGAGAUGUAUCAACGCGAGGUACCUCAGUAUGGAACGCUCUUAGAGCUUGUCUCAAACAUCAACCAGCGGCAUAAGGGGCAAGGCGGCCAAGACAUUCAACAUCGCAUAGAGGUCGAGCGCCACGGCGCAAUUCGACUUGGAACGCCCGAUGAACUAGGGACCAUGAGAAGAUUAUUCCUAAUUCUAGGCAUGGAGCCAGUUGGAUACUAUGACCUUUCUGUAGCGGGACUACCUGUUCAUGCAACAUGCUUCCGGCCACUCACGAAGGAAAGCCUUUCUCAAAACCCCUUUCGUGUCUUCACUUCCUUGCUGCGCCCUGAGAUGAUUGGGGAUCAGCAACUACGAGAUCACGUCGAAGAUAUUCUGAAAGCCAGACAUAUUUUCUCACCUCGUUGUCUCGAGCUGAUGAACGAAUGGGAGAAAGCCCCAUUUAGCUCUCAAGCACUAGUUGAUGAGCUCAUAAACGAGUCUCUUCAAACAUUCCGUUGGCAUGAGACGACCACAGUUGACAGAGAGACCUAUGAGGCGCUUCAGGCUGCACACCCCUUGAUUGCCGAUGUCGUCUGCUUUCGAGGACCUCAUAUCAAUCACCUGACGCCUCGGGUGGCUGACAUUGAUGAGGCGCAGCUUGAAAUGCUGAGGCGAGGUCUUCAGCCAAAAAAAGUAAUUGAGGGGCCUCCUGCCAUGCGAUGUCCAAUCCUUUUACGACAAACGAGUUUCCUCGCAUUGGAAGAGCGCAUCUCAUUCUCUAAUUGGGACGAGGUAGACGGAAAGCACAAAGCGCGUUUUGGUGAAAUUGAACAGCGAGGGAUGGCUUUGACACCCAAAGGACGAUCUUUGUACGACGAAAUCACUCGGCCCAAAAGAACACUUCCCAAAGAUUCUCUGGUCAUUGAUCAUUGCGAUUGCAGUAUUGCUACAUUCAAAGAUUUCCCAGAUGAUUAUUCCACGAUUCGUCGGGAGAAAUUGGGGUAUUUUACAUACCAUGUUUCCAAUGUCCCCUCAACCCCAGUGGAGACCCAUGAUUUGGAUUCACUGAUAAGUGCGGGAAUCAUCUCCUUCGAGCCAAUCACAUACGAAGACUUUUUGCCUAUUAGUGCUGCAGGCAUCUUCCAGUCAAACCUUGGCACAGGAAGUUUUUGCUCCUCGGAAGCACGCUCUGAUAAAGCCCGCUUCGAGGCGAGCCUUGGGACUCCCGUCCUCAGUGAGUUUGACUUGUAUGGGGAAAUGGAGAGAUUGUCUUUAGUGCAAGCAUAUGGGAAACUCAGUAUUCCCUUUUUUGGGGUGUAA